GUGUGACGUCAUUGUGUCAAAAUAUCAAAAUAUUUACGAUAAAUUUUUUGUGUUUUCUUGGAGAAUUUUUAGUAAUUUUCUCAAAUUCCGGCAUAAAAAAUGAUUAAACAACCUAUUUUGGUGGAGCUGCAGUAUUUUGUGAAUGCAGUGGCCAACAUCCAACGUGGGAUUGGCCCGGAAAUCACGGAUCAACUGGUAAAAUGCAGCUUGACAAUCUUCCAAGAUUUGCCGGCUGCUCGGGAUGCAGUCCUGGAGUACUUUGCCUUGGUCUUUGACAAAUCCCUCGGCAACUACAUCUCCUUCAUUGAGAAGGAUGCCAAUGGGGCACCUCCCGUUGAGCCAGCAAUUGUGGAUAUUCAGGAAGCACUGGAGAAGCUUGUCAGCAGCGGCACACCCGCCUGGGCACCGCUACUCUCCACAUGGAGCCUCAAAUUGCUUGGUCAGCUGUCUGAGAAGCAUGGCCGUGGGCGUGAUAGCAUGAAUAUAACUGCAACGUGCAACUUUUGGAUGAAUUCCAGCGCAAUGAAGGCACUUCUGGGACUAUCUGCCAGCUGUUUCGCCAAGCUGAAUAAUGACGAAUCAGAAUCAUGCAUUGGAAUCCUCCUGGCUACAUUUGUGUCGCACACACCUCAUUUUGAUUGGGUUGUAGCUCGCCUUGGGGGCUGUUUUCCACUGAAGGUCAUCUCAAAGAUUCUCCAGUGUGGCCUGAAAGCUUUCUCGGGGAACUUCAACAACACCCUCGACUCCGAAGUUGGCAUUCUGGGGUAUCUAUCGAUGGCACAUGAGAGAGAUUUGAAUAUCGCACUGAGAGAAAUGUUUGAAGCUGUGCUGUAUCCAAAAACUCAGGGAUCACUCACACCAAACCUGCACACAAUACCGUACCUCAUUCAUCUCUCUCGGAUGUCGGAGAUUCUCCUCCAGCCAAUCAUCAAUGUCUUCCUGGACACGUUUAAGGAGACCCUAAUACCCAAUCUUGUAUACCAGAGCAUGCAUUUCCCAUCGAACUACAAUGUACGUGAAAUCUUCAUCCUUUUAACUGAUCUGGCCACGCAGGUGGGACACAAUGGUAUCAGAGUUAUCCUCACUUUGGCACGUAUGGCGGAAACUUAUUCGUGGUGCCAUGAACUUCUUGAGCACAUCCUCCUGAAGCUGGAGAUGAAUGUACUUGACGACAGGAAAUGCCCCCUUCUCACAAAUCUCACCAAUGAAGCAUCACAGAAGAUUCUCUGGGCUUCCUGCAGAAGUGACAAUGCCGUCGAACAUCAGACUGUUGUACGACUUAUCCUAUUGAUUUCCUCACGGGCUCCCUACAUCUAUCACUACACAAUUGCAGAACUUCUCACAACACGAGCUGAUACGUGUCCCAAUGGAAUGGGAGCUCUGGCUAGGAUUUUGGGAGGAACUCUUGGUACUCAGGAGUACCCAACAGUGGAUCCGGGACUGGAGAUUUCCCUCGAGGCCAUUUCAAUUGCCAACAAACGUCGUACUGCAGAAGAUUACGCCCAGAAUGUCACAAUUCUGAGGAAUCUUCAGCAUAUAGUGGCAUUUGAGAAGAGCGGAGAAAGUGUUCAUCUAAAGGGUCAACCAAUGAGUGGUGCUAUUCAACGGAAUGCCUCCAAACUCCUGUCAAUCCUCUUCAAUCUAAUCAAUCAAAUAGUUCCGGAAACUGAAUCCGGAACCCCAUUUAAAUUUGAGGAGAAAUCCUCUGAACCCGUGGAGAAGAAACCCAAGAAAGAUGCAGAUUUCAUGAUGAAGGAAAAACAGAGAAUUGCAGAAGCUGUAAAGGAACAAAUUCACCUCAUUGUAACUCUUCUGGAUGACUUGGACAUUGGAGCGAAAGAUUCUCUUCUCGGGAUGGCGGAGAUACUGAAUUUGGCUCAAAUGACCGUGAAGUACUUCUUCUGGAAUCUCACUGAGAGUGAUUCAAUUGCACGAUGCAGAGCUAUGAAUAGAUGUUUUAGUCUCUUGACGAAACAAUGCUCCUGCCGGAAAGCUGCCCGAACAGCUGCCCUGAGAGACCUACUUGAUGGAGCUUUAUUCACAUAUCGCAAUCUCUUUGGGGCUCACCCAAAUCCGCCACCAAAGAACAACGUGGUUAGAGAUGAAAGCUUGAUGUCUCUCAAUCAGAAACAGAGAUUUAGUGCAAUCGCCAGCAGGAUUUCUCUGCAUGCAGGAGUGAUUGGGAAUGGUUUGAAGACAGAGACAAGGAUAACUGGCUACCCACAGUCGGAGAUUCAGAAGCUCCUUCUGGAUGCAAUUAUGGCAUGUUGCCAGGAUAAUGAGCACACUAAUGUCAUUGAUGGCUUCUCUACGGUUUCCCUGCUCUUGGUGGAGAUGAUCUCUCCGGACAUCAUGUACAACGGAUUUCCAUGGCCUGAUGAGGAUUUUACGAAGGUUACAAUGGAGAGAGAUCUCCAGAUUAGGCGAAUUUUCAACAAUUCCCCUAUUUUGUGGUCCAUCCUGGGACUUGUGGGCACAUACCGACCGGCCCUGUGCUAUGCCUCAGUGCUCCUGAGGGCCCUGUGUGCCACUGUGCUCAAUCAGUGGCGGGCAAAGUCAGUGGAAAAGCCAUUCCAAUCGGUAAAUAAUCCCGAAUUGAUCUUUGUCACCCUCAAGCUACUUGAGGUGAUGGCCCUGGGCCAGCUCCUACCCCCACCGCUCAGCUAUUUGCACGUUGUGAUUGAAUACUUUGAGCCAUUUGAGGUUGUUCUACUUCUAAAGGAUUGCGUGUGGAACUACAUGAAGGACCACGUCCCAUCGCCAUGCCUCUUCAAGUUCGACAGUACCGGCUUCCAUUGGCGCAAUCCUGAAACAGCUAAACCCCCCGCGCAGUUUGUUGACCCGCUGCGAUUUAUAAUGCUUAAGCGCCUCCCACUACUUGGGAGUCUCUAUCAUCAAAUGUUUGUCCUUCCGGAAAUGGUUAACAAUGGUGGUGGAAGUGAGACAAAGACUGCGACGGAGGCAUAAACAGACACACAAAGGGGAUCUUUUAAAUAUUUUUUUUAAUUGUAUUUUAUCCUUUGUUUCCUUUUUACUAAUUCAAUUUCACGAGGAUAUUUUGCAAUGACGAAAAUAAUACGGAUAAACAAACGAGCAUCACUCACAAAA